ACGAAACGUUGCCAUACCAACUAUUUAUCAUAAAUAUUGAAGUUCAGCCAAUCACAUCACAGAGGUUCACAAAAGCGGCUUUUAAACCACAAAGAACGCUGAGAGAUCAGAGUCCCACUAGGCCUACAACAAGAAAGUAGUCAUUCCAUGAUAAGAAAACAAGGUUAAAACAAUGAGUUCUGAAAUAGAUAGUCAUAUAACCAAGAAAUAUGAAAUCAAGMAAAGGCUGGGAAAAGGGGCUUAUGGGAUCGUGUGGAAAGGAAUAGACCGUAAAACAGGCGAAUUGGUAGCUGUUAAAAAGAUAUUUGAUGCAUUUAGGAACCAAACUGACGCACAGAGAACAUUUAGAGAAAUAUGCUUUCUUCAGGAAUUUGGCGACCACGAAAAUGUAGUCAAGCUGUUGAAUGUCAUCAAAGCAGAUAAUGAUAAAGAUAUUUAUUUAGUGUUUGAAUAUAUGGACACUGAUCUACAUAAUGUGAUUAAGAAGGGAAAUAUUCUCAAAGACAUACACAAAAGAUAUAUCAUGUACCAGCUUCUGAAAGCAAUAAAGUUCAUGCAUUCAGGGAAUGUAAUUCAUAGAGAUUUAAAGCCAAGUAAUCUCCUUCUAGAUACUGAAUGUUUUGUUAAGAUAUGUGAUUUUGGUUUAGCCCGGUCUGUUACAAAUACAACUCAGGAAGCAGGUGAUCCUAGUUUGACUGAUUAUGUUGCAACACGAUGGUAUCGUGCACCAGAAAUCUUAUUGGCAUCAACAAGGUACACCAAAGGUGUUGAUAUGUGGUCUAUAGGGUGUAUAUUAGGAGAGCUAUUACUAGGAAAACCAUUAUUUCCUGGAAGUUCUACACUAAACCAAAUUGAAAAAAUUAUGGCAUCAAUAACAGCUCCUACUAGACUAGACUUGGACAGCAUUAAGUCCCAGUACAGCUCCUCAGUGUUGGACCGUAUGGCUUUCAAACCCAAAAAAUGUUUAGAAGAUAUGCUACCACAUGCACCAUCAGAUGCUAUUGACCUUCUGAAGAGACUGUUACAUUUCAAUCCUGAUAAAAGAUUAACAGCUGAACAGGCUUUGGCACACCCAUAUGUUUCAAAGUUCCACAAUCCUGAAGAAGAGAUUUCACUUGAUUAUGACAUAGUACCUCCCUUAGAUGAUGAUGUUCAACUUACUGUAGAAGAGUACAGAGUGAAACUUUAUGAGAGUAUUGUUGAGAAGAAAACAAACAUCCGCAGACAAAGACGAGAGUUACUCCAAGAAGAAUUAAGAGAGCAAAGGCAAGCUCAGCAAUCUUCAGUCAAUCCAGCAAAACAAGUAAAAGAACAGCAACAACCAAGGGAGAGUGAACCUCUUAAACAAGUAGAAAACAAUACAAUGAUGUCUACCAGCCCUAUUGUCAAGUCACCUCCUGUAAAACAGGAUGCCAGUAAGACAGUUGCAUUUGGAAGAACAACAACAAAAGUAUCAACGCCACCAAAACCACCAUCUAGACUUGGCCAUGUCAGAAGAUAUAGCCUGGAAAAUGACAAUAUGAUGGCUGGUAGUAGACCUGCACAAGCUGCUGGAAGAACAAGGCCAAUUUCUGCCCAAAUAAAGCCCAGAAACACUAUUAUAACAAGAACCAACAGUGCAGAUGGACUACAUGUUACAAGUGCACGCUUGAUUCCAUCACAGCGGCCAUCAUCUGCCAAACCUCCUUACAGACCCUCAAGAAAACAAGUAUCAAACACGUCUAUCCAUCAACCUAAUUUUGGAAGCUACACACACACCCAUGGUAUAAUUUCAAAAAGCUCACUUAAUGCUUUACACUCUAGAAUAUUUUGAAACUUAGAUAUAAGAUCAAAUAGGUUUUUACAGAUAGAUAAUUAUUUAAUAGUAGGAAGAGGAAAUAUUAGCUGAUGUUUUUGUCUCUUUUAGAUAAUGUUAUUCUUAUUCAUGAGGUAUGCAGUAUUUAAUUUUUUACUCAAAAUGCAUACUGGCUUGAUACAAUAUAGUUCUGGGAAUUUGGUAUUUUUUCUGAUGAAGAUUCAUUUGAAGAAUUGUGCUAUAUUUAGCAAGGCUAGGGAAUAAUAUGAAACCAAAUGAGAUAAAUAAGGUGUCAACAAAGCUUUUUCUAUGGUGGCCAAUGAAACUCCAGCAAUCCUUCUGUAUGUGGAUUGUUUGUGUCUGCGUACACUAUGUAUACCUUUUAUAAGUUUUACUAUCUUAGUAAGAUUUAUUUCAUUUUUCUAGAUGCUUCUUAAAAAUCACUCGCCUAAUGUUUUACUGACAGACAAAUGGCUUUGAUUUAUUAACACUUUUAAAUGCAAACAAAUUUAGACUUGCACAUCUUUUAUGCUGCUAGCUUUUUACUGAUUUUUUACACUGCAGGAAUAGAAACUCAUUUUUGUUAUUUAUUAUCAGCUUCUUAUAUUGUAUGUCAUAAAUUGUUAACUCCCAUAUUAAAACAAUAUACAUGUUUUUGCAGCUUCCUUCUAACUUAUAUUUCAUAAGGUACAAAAAAGUACUUAAAUUUAGCCAUAUUUGUGGCAUUCACAGAGAAUUCAUCAUUUUAAUAUGGGAAUUUUAUAUUGUAUCUCAUAGUUUCAAAGAUGCAGUAGGAUAGAACACUUUUAAGAGCUUUAUAAAUAAUAAUUAUUAUUUAUUAGGAAGACAUGCAGUCAUUAUAGCUUUAGCAAAAACACAGCAUUAUUGCAAAGAAAGAAAGAAAAAUAAAGUGCACAAGCUGUAAAUUUUUGCUUGAAAAAAAUAUGAAUCAUGGCACCACGAAAACGUUUUAGGUUAUGAUGAGUUUCUUUUAACUUUUCAAGGCAAUGCUGCUAAGUUUUUUUUUCUUAAAAAAAUGAUGAARUAUGAUCAUGCCUUUUUCAAUUUGUGCCAAAAUCUGUGCAAUCCCACGCUCGGCAUCUCAGAGAAUGCAUCUUCAUUGUCAGCUGUGCAUACUAAGCAAUUGUUUUAUAAGAAACAUCCAUUCUCACUUUCCGCUUAAUAUAACGUACGCAUUUGAUGAAACAUUUUCUUUAAUUGCUUAUGCUUGCAUUUUCACAAAGAAAACAAAUGUAUAAAAUGUUGAUUAUUGCAAUAUUACCAAUGUUCAGUUGUUAUGUAGAAAUUAAGCAUCAAUGAGUAGCAUAUAUUUAAAUGUUACAUAUAGUGCUAUAAAAUAAAUUAUAUGACGUAAGAUCCGUCAGUGAGUUUAGCUCUUUCAGGGUUUUAGAAGUUGAAAUUUUUAUGAUGUACAGAAAUGAAAUAUUGUUAAAGAUAUGUCAAACCACUCUUUAAUGUAAAUAUUAAUGAAAUCGAGAAAUAAAAGUCUUACGAUGUUUUGAUAUUGUA